UUCGUUUCCACUCACUCACUUUCUUUCUUUCUUUCUCAACCCAGUGCUUCUACUGUUGAGGAGGUCACCAUUUGUUGGUUGAAUAUGUAAUAAUUAACGGUGAAGCAAAUACCAGUUUCCAGGUCUUGUUUUAGCUCUAAACCAACAACAAAACACCACCAUCGCUCUCAUCAGGUUGUGCGCCUUGUGUUUUUCUCUAUGGCUUUUCAUAUCUAGCUGCGUCAUUUCCUUUUAGGCUCUCUUGAUAUACAUGUGGAAGAACAGUAACCCUCCAGGGCUUCCGCACAGUAGUCGAUUUAUUUCUUGCCCUUUCUCUUUACUACUACUGUUUGUGUUGUUUUUCCGGCGGUCAAAGCAGCACCGAAUUAAAUGAGACUUGUCAUGCACCAUCACAAUCUUUAGGGUUUUGUGGAGCUAAAGAGUUGUCAUAUCCAAUUAUAUCCAUGUUUCCUUCUAGCAGCACUACUAGUAAUUUCCAGCUACCUUUUCUAUGUGAUGACAACCAGACAAAUGCUAUUAUUGAUGAUUUUCAUCAAAACCCUAAUUCAAUAUUAUCACAUGGUGGCCAUCAUCAAUACUAUUCACAGUACUACUACUCUGAAGAUCAGCAGCAGCAGGCACCUGAUUUUCUUGAGCAUGAUGGAAUGCUCUUGAGCUACUUGCUAUCUCAACAGCAGCUCUUGCUUGGCAACUCCAGUACUACUACUAAUGUAGCGACUGAUAACAACCACACUCGAGCUCACGAGAGCACUGAAAUUAGCAUCGCGGCUUCAAAUUCAAACAAAGCAAUGGUGGUUAUCAAUCGUGACGAUGAUGAUGGUCGCAAUGAGCUCACCGUUAACACGGCUGUAGCUUCAAAGAUUAAGAAAAAUAAUGUGAAGACUAGUGGAGGAGGAGGAGGAGGAGAGAAAAAGGCAAAGGUUGCUCGAAAGAGAGCGAGUGGGAAAAAAGACAGACACAGCAAGAUCUACACAGCUCAAGGCCCGAGAGACCGGCGAAUGAGGCUGUCCGUCCAAAUUGCCCGUAAGUUCUUUGAUCUUCAAGACACGUUGGGAUUUGACAAAGCCAGCAAAACAAUUGAGUGGCUUUUCACGAAGUCCAAGAGCGCCAUCAAGGACCUCAAGCAGCACCUCCUCGUCUCACCCAAGGAAGAUUACAGCAGCACAAAUGGUGGUGCAACUGCAAAGGUGAAUUCAUCUGAGAAUACUACCGGUGAAGUCACAUCGAGAAUUAUGGAGCCUAGUAGUAGUGCUGCAAACGGUGACAUUUCCGUUGGGUUCGGUAGAGAGAAAAGGAACAGGAAGUUGUGCGUAGUUGCGAGGGAAUCAAGGGUCGAGGCAAGAGCAAGGGCAAGGGAGAGAACAAGGGAGAAGAUGAUGAGGAUCAGAGGGUUUGAUCAAGAUCAUCAGCAUUUAACAAAGCAAAGUCCUAACCAUCAUGAACAUCAAAACCCUAAUGAAUUGUUUGAAACAGCUGGAAUGAUGAACUCCGCGAUGAUGAGCACUAAUUGUUGCAACGAUGGUCAGAAAAUUGUGGGCAGAACAAGUAGUAGUUGUGGUGGUGCACAAAGAUCGUUUUUGAAUUUUGAUUUUUGGCGACAUGUUUCAGAGGCAAGUAGAGCAAAUUCCGAGGAUUGUGGUUUUCCAGGGAAUUGGGGAGCAAUCAACUACACCAAGAAUAUUAUUACAGGUAACGUGCUGCAAGUAGAGCAAAACCCUACCUCAUACCCAAAACAACAGAACCCUAGAUCAAUUUUUGGGACCGGUACCCAAGAGCAAAACCCUAAUUCAAGUUUUCUCACCACCUUUAUCAAGGCUCAAGACCCAUAACUCCACUACCUAUUCAAUUUCGAGAUCAAUUCAAUUACUCUGCAGCCCCAGUUUAAUGGAAAUUAACGAAUCUUCUUGCACCUCCUCCAGUUCCUCCUGCUAUAUAUAGCUAAUCAAGCUCAGUAUCCGAAUUCACUGGUAAUUUGUAUUGAAGUAGUGUAUUAGUAUCUUUGAAAGUGCGAGAAAAAUGAUUUCAGGAGUUCCUUUAAACUUUAUUCAAAUGCAUUGUUGGCAAAUGUAAUGUGGAGAUGUCGUGAUUUUCUUGAAAUUAUAAAAAAAUCAGUGCAAUACAGUGUCAGGUA